AUGGUUGAUGUAUGCACAAGAUAUUGCGUACUUAGACCUCUGCCAAAUAAGCAGUCUGAUAUCAUUGUCAAAACCUUGAUCCAAGUGUUUCAUGACGGCUUUCCGAGAUAUUUCUGGCACGGAAUUGGCAACUCCUUAUCACCCACGAGCAAUGGCGUAGCCGAACGUUGGGUGCAAACAUCGGUGUGCAACUUGCUAUCAAUGGAAAGAUAUCAGGAAAGGCAUGACUCUGCACCCUUUUCCCCUGUUUGCAAGGAAGAUGAAUACCUCUGCGGAUUAUCGAACCGAAACAGAUGUGAGAGCACGACAGAAGAAGAGUUGCAAGAGAGAUUGGAAGCAUGGAGAACGUGGUAUUUCCAGUAA